AUGGGGCUGGACAACGGCAAGAGUGAACAUGGCAAUACGGAAGCGCGAACCAAUGCCGAAGACGAGGACGCCGACGCAAUCUUAGCAUCUCUCGAGGAAGAAGACGAUACUUCAUAUCGUGCUCAGCGCAUGCAAGAGUUCAAUAGUGCUGCCACCACUACUGUAGUCAACACGGCCAGCCAGGCUUAUGUUACUCUGUCGAGCGACGAUGAGGCGCUCAGUUUCACAACUGAGCAUGAGCGAGCAGUCGUCCACUUCUUCCACCCGGAUUUUGCAAGAUGCAGCACUAUGGACUCCCACUGUAAAACCAUUGCCCAAAGGCAUGCAGAGUACGCUGAAGGAGACGUGGCCUUUGCGAAAAUCAAUGUCAACCACGCACCCUUUGUGGUUGAGAAGCUGGGAGUGAGAGUACUACCAUGCGUCAUCGGCUUCGUCAAGGGUGUCGUCAAGGGAAGAAUCACCGGUUUCGAAGGUUUGUGCUGGGAUGGUAAAGAAGGCAGUGUGGAAGUCACCAGAGCUCUUGAGGAGGCAAUAGUCGACUGGACCGUUGUGGGAAAGAGACUUCUGUUGAGGCACGACGACGACGAAAGCGAUGAAGACGAUGGUGCGCCCGAUCGACGUAAAGCUGGUCGACGAGGCAUCCGUGAUCGCAAAGUACCGGUUGAAGACGAAGACGACGAUUGGGACUGA